CCGGGAGAUGCCCGACACUCGGUGCAGACCUGGAGACCCAGAGCACCGCGGUAGCGGCACUCUCCUUCAUCUUCCUACCGCAUCGAGCCCGGCCACGGUCGCACGCAGCGCCACACGUCCGCAGCGAAGGACCCAAGGACCCACUGCAGUGACAGAAUGAAUCGCACCGCGUACACUGUGGGAGCUUUGCUUCUCCUCCUCGGAACCCUACUGCCAACAGCUGAAGGGAAAAAGAAAGGUUCCCAAGGAGCCAUCCCGCCUCCUGACAAGGCUCAGCACAAUGACUCUGAGCAGACCCAGUCGCCACCGCAACCUGGCUCCAGGACCCGGGGGCGGGGCCAGGGGCGGGGCACCGCCAUGCCUGGAGAGGAGGUGCUUGAGUCCAGCCAAGAGGCCCUGCACGUGACAGAGCGCAAGUACCUGAAGCGAGAUUGGUGCAAAACUCAGCCCCUGAAGCAGACCAUCCACGAGGAGGGUUGCAACAGCCGCACCAUUAUCAACCGCUUCUGUUACGGCCAGUGCAACUCCUUCUACAUCCCCAGACACAUCCGAAAGGAGGAAGGCUCCUUUCAGUCUUGUUCCUUCUGCAAGCCCAAAAAGUUCACCACCAUGAUGGUCACACUCAACUGUCCUGAGCUACAGCCACCCACCAAGAAGAAAAGGGUCACACGCGUGAAGCAGUGUCGUUGCAUAUCCAUCGAUUUGGAUUAAAUCAAAGGGGGCACUUUCAGCCUGUCAUAGCCAUGCCGAGAGCCACACCCAAACCACCCGAUUCCUACUUGGCUUAAACCUAGAGGCCAGAAGAACCAGCAGUUGCUUCCUGGCUGGAGGCUGCUUAUGCAUAGUAUAUGCGCAGGAGUGUGCAUGGGUGCCUGUGGGUGUUUCCAAACACCUGCGGGGAACAGCCUCUGCUAGAAGGCACUUCCUGUUACUCUGCUUCAGAUGGCCGGAAAUGCCCACACCACUGGACCCAAACACUCACAGGGGCAGGGCUGUAGCUUGGCUUUGUCACUGUGUUCCAUGUGCCUCCUGGGCACCAGGAUUUCGCUUGAGAAUGAAUACUAACUAAAGGAGGAGGUAACUCUGAGGGCUGCAUAUGACUCAGAACUGUUCAGUGCGUGCCCAAUACUCCCACAACCCAUUCCUUUCUUUGCUCUCCCUGAUAUCUCAGUCUUAGCCCAUGUUCCUAAAUUAAUUCACUUGACCGCGCGCGUGUGUAAAUGUCUUUUGUCUUGUGAAGAACCUUCAAUAUGUGAGGAGACAUGUGAUGGCAAACAAGAUGGAGGAUUGACCCAGGAGCGGUGAGGCUGAGGACCAGUCUGGGCCAGUGAAAUUCAGUAGCAAGAUGUCCAGAGUUUGAAAGUUGUUUCCCAAAACAAUAUGAGCCUCGUUUUAGUAAAAGGGCUUUCCUGAUAUUUAAAAGAACCCAGAUGCACAGAGGAGAAAUAUAAUCAGCA